AGGGGUGGGUGGGCAUCGGCUGCCGGACCCCUCCUCCCUUGCAGGAGUUCCUCUUGUACAUGGCACCACUUCUCAAACCCUGGAGGGUAAUUUCUGUCUUAAUUACCGGGGUCUUUGGCUGCUGGAUGCUGGUGCAACACACCCGCCUUGCCCUUAGCUCGGAGCGGUUCCUGCCCAGCCAUCACCCUUAUAUACCAGAAUUAAAAAGAUGGUGUAUUCUAACCAAGAUCAAUUGGAUUUUGCUCCUGGAAUCAAUAUUAAUAAAGUAGCUCUGGAGAGCAGUUAAUUAGUUGAAAAAUAAAUAAAUAAAAGGAAAGAAAGAAAGAGAAGGUCUAUAAAGACACAAGGAGCAUGGCUGGUGCUGCAGGUGUUGGGCGAGCCUGGUAGCUGUGGGGCUUCUCCUGCUGCCUGGCUGGGCUCAGGGUCCCCAACCUCGAACCAGAGGACCAAGUGCUUGGGUUAUGCAGUUACACGUGUGUCUCUGCAGACGUUCUGUUACAUGUCUAAAUUGACAUGGAUGUGCCCAAAGACAUGUGACAGUAUCUCGGGUGUGAAGCGGUGUUUUCCCAGCUCUGUGCCUCUCUCCCCGGCUGCUGCCAGCCCAGCUCGGGUCUCCAUCAUCCACCCAGGUAUUGCCCUGCGCCUCUUGCUGAUGGGAGGGAUGGGAUCUGCUCCAGGAGCCCCUCUCUUGCCUUGCUUUGAGUCCCUGCCCUGGUGUUUCAGCCGCCUGGGGUUCUCUUGAGAGCGGGCUCCUGGCAUCGCUGAGGAGCAGGUUUUGCUGUGCAGAGGGAGGUGGGGCGGUGGGGAGAGGGACCUGGGGCUGCUCCCCCCUGCAGAGGCACGGCUGAUGUUUUUGCGUUUGGUAAAUGCCUGGUUUUUUCCCUUGUGAGCCUGGAGCCAGGACUUUCCUGAGCUGCCUGCUUGCUCACCAGCCUUUUGUAAAUGGCUUUGAGAUUAAACGUGCUUGGAAGGUGCAAAUUAUCGCCGAGAUCUUCAAAGACAGCCGUAGAAAUUAAGUACAGGAUUCCUGUUGCUGUUGAAUGGGAUUCAGCCAUGUAACUCCUUUAAGCUCUCCUGAAAUCCCAGCUUUAGCCUGUCUCUCCCCUGUGCUAACAAGCAGAAACAGAGGAGAGGAGGAUUUUUUUUGAUGCCAUUAAGGUUGCUGCUCUUUGUCUGGGCUCCUUUUUAUAGUCGCUGGACUCAAUAGCUAACUUGAACCAGACCCUGUUGUUUGUUCUCCUUGGCUCCUGCCUGCCCCUGCCUUGGCACACGUCCUCCAGGGUUGUGUUGCUUUAAAAAAAAAAAAUAACAAUUUGGGAAAUGAAUCUCUUGCUGGAGCUGCCCAGCCCUGUCGAGCUGCUUCUGUGCUGGGUGGGGACUCCUCUGCCCCAGGGGGUGUUGGACAUGGGGAUGGAGGUGCUGGGGGCACCUUGAGUUCAUUGCUCUGAGCUCACAUCGGUGUGCAAUAUUAGCUGAGCGAAGCCAGCCCUGACUGUCUGGGGGUGUGAGCUGCCCCUUCGGGCUGUGUUUGUGCUGGAGAGGCGGCUGAGACUGGGAGUGCGAGGGGUUCAGCGUCGUGCAUGGGCAGGCGGCUUCGCAGGGAGCCAGGGUAGGGUCCCGGCCCUCACGGUGUGCAGGGCUUGAGCAUCCCUGCGCCCCAGAGCCGGGCAGGCAGCUCCUUGUUUCCCUGCCCAAGUCACCGUGAUGCCAGGUCAGCCUGAGGCAGCUGAGCCUCAGGGGUGAUUUAGGAGGCUGGGAGGGGGCAUCACUCGGGGUAUUCUACUUUUUGAGAGAGCUGCCAUAUCGGAGUUGCUAUAAAAAGAAAUCUGAGGGUUUGCCUUUGCUUACCCGGCGUUGCUGGUGAUGCUGUGCAGGAUUCGGCGCUGCCCCGCAGAGCAGGAGCAGUUUGCAGCGGCACAGCAGAACACUUUGCACUUUGAGCAGGUCACAAGGCUCCCACGAACCCAGCAGAUGUUUAACUCUGGAACAAGCAAAACCUUUCCAAGCUGAGCUCUCCUGCCACUUUAACAACAACAGGCGGGGGGGGAAAGCCCUAAUGCAACACAGAAGAUGCGUUUCAUGCUCAAAAUGCCCUUUUGAGCUCUUGGGAUGUUGCAGAUCCUGAGGACCCAGCAGCACCUUGCAAACCACAACAGGAGACGCAACCUGAAGUGAUGCUGUGUCCCUGUGAAUUCCCGUUUCUGACCUCGGUGGGCGGCAGGGAGCUCAGCACAAGGAUCGCUAUUUAUAUCGGUAGGAACAUCCAGGGAUAAAGUAAUGUGAGUCAAUAAGAAUUGACUAUAAAACUGAGAUCUUUAUUCUCCAAGCGUGUGGUGCCCAAAGCCUGCCUCUGCUGGGAAGUGCCAGGAAGGGGCUCAGCCCACCUGGCUGCGGGUGCUGGUAGGUACCGCUGUGGCACAGACCCUCACCAGCCCCGGCAGAGAGCUGGGAACACUUUUUCAUCGCUGAAACAGCAGUGAUGGAGAAGCUAUGGAGAAGUUGAUGGCAUGUGCCUUGAAGACUGAUGCACCUGUCUCAGCAACGAAAUAGCUUUGCAGAGAAAUACGAUCGCCUGAAAACCCAAGGCUCUACUGACAGCAGGACUCAGAUAAGAUAAUCUUCCUAUGCCACAGGGUAGGAGAACAAUACUUGCAUUAUAGAUUAUAGCCGUGCUCGAACAAAGAGGUUAUUCUUAUUUCCAACGCCCCCCUUAAUAAAUGCAUUUCGUUUAAAACAAUUAUGGCUUUUCGAAGAAGUUUGCUGCCUGGACUGAGGAAUGACGCCGAGCCCCGGGGAGAGACAGAAUCACCAGGGGCUGUCAUCAGCCGGCAGGUAUCUGCCCCGCCGGCAGCGGGAGCAGCGUGCGGAUAACCAGCGCUGCUCUGCCUCCGCGCUCGCGCCCGCCGAGAUGGACCCAGUGCAGAAGGCGGUGAUCAGCCACACCUUCGGCGUGCCCGCCCCGCUCAAGAAGAAGCAAUUCAUCUCCUGCAACAUCUGCCACCUGCGCUUCAACUCGGCGAACCAGGCAGAAGCCCACUACAAGGGCCACAAGCACGCGCGGAGGCUGAAGGCCAUCGAGGCCAUGAAGAACAAGCAGAAGGCGGUGGGGGCUGCGGCGGGGGCCACCGGCCGGGACGGCACAGCCGACUUUGCCCCCAGCCCCGAGGGCAGCGGGGAGCCCAGCAGCACAGCUCAAGCCAAUGGUCUGCAGGAGCCUGAGGGGGAGUGCAGCAGCCUGGGGCUUGUGCCCGGUGCCGAGGAGUCGCCAGGCGAGCUGCCGGGCAGUGUCGCCCCAUUGGGCUCCCCGCCGGCCUCGGAGCUGUCGGAGGGCACCUCAGAUGCCACCAGCGUGGCCUCCUCGGCCGCACAGGCAGCUGAGGCGCAGGCAGCCGAGUCGGGCAGCAGCAUCAGCUCAGCCCCCGAGAGCGAGAAGGAGGGGAAGAAGAGCAAGCAGCACCUGUACUGUCCCACCUGCAAAGUGACCGUCAACUCCCUGUCCCAGUUGGAGGCUCACAACACCGGCGCCAAGCACAAGUCGAUGCUGGAAGGUCACAGCACCCAGAUGCGGCGAGGCCGAGGCAAGCUCCUGUCCCGGGCAGGGCACAAAUCCAAGCGGAUCGGCAACAAGGGCAGCAUCAACAUCCAGAACAAGGCGUUUCACUGCCAAGUGUGCGAGAUCUACGUGAACUCGGAGACCCAGCUCAAACAGCACAUGAGCAGCCGGAGGCACAAAGACAGGCUGGCGGGGAAGCCGCCCAAGCCCAAGUACAGCCCCUACAACAAGCUGCAGAAGAAUGCUGCCCUCGCAGUGAGUAUUCUCAAGUCCAAGCUGGCUUUGCAGAAGCAUCUCACCAAAACCCUGGCAACCCGCUUCUUGCCGAGCCCGCUCACCGCAGCCGCUGUCUGCGCCAUGCCUGGCCCCCUUGCCCUGAGACCAGCCACUGCCACCACACUCUUCCAAGCCCCGAUCCUCGGACCAGCCCUUUUCCGAACGCCACCAGCCCACGUCCGCACCACGCCGGGCCCCAUCGUCUUCGCACCCUACUAGAGCCGCUCGCCCGCCGAGGGUCCAUGUGCCGCGGACCGGGCUGUGCCGCGGUGGCUGCACAGUGCAGGGCGGCACUGCCGGGUCAGCUGUUCUUCUGGCUGGUGGGAAACCAUAGUCAUAGACCUCAACCCCGGCUUCUCCUUCGCUUUGAGUGGGCUCCUGCUGGAGCGAGAUACCCUGGCAAAGCCCAGCCAGCCCCGUCGUGCAUCCCUGCCACUCCCCCUGCCCAUGCCAGCGCCGUGCUCAGCAGAGGAGCCCAUCGCACAGCUGGGCGGCACGCAGGAGACGAUGGUGCCCGAGUCACCGGGACCAUCUUGCGGCCAGGGACUGCCUGGCCCUGGCCCGCUGGCUUCUUGUUCAUCCCCCUCCCAGUUGCCAGACUGGAAGAAGAGGAGCUGGUUGGUCCCUGGGGGAAGGAGCAUCCUUCUGGCAGACUGGUCCCUGCUAGCCCAGUGGGAAGGGAACUGCGAUGGGAGCCUCAGCCCAGCUCUUCCUGGGUGAAAUGACCCCAGCACAAGCAGAAAGGCGGCAGUUCCCCUCUCAAACCGGGCUGGCUGUGCCCUCGCCAGCCCCACACUUGCCUGUGCUGGCUGGGGGCUUCCAUGCUGCCCACCAGCCCCCUACGCCCCACAACCCCCUACGUCCCACCAGCCAAAGAGCCCCUGCGGCGGCAGGCACCGGCCACACUGACCGUACCUUCACUCCGAGAGCAAUAGCCGAAGCCCAGGGCCGGUGCCUCCUCCCUCCGAAAGCACAGUGCCCCUGCCCUGGCCCCCAGAAGCACACAACUUGGGCACGCAUCCAGCCCAUCCAGCCCAUCCAGCGAGGAUGGGAGAGCCGGGCCACCCGGUGCAGGCUCCCCGAGGAGAUGUCCCUGUGCUCGGUGCCAGCUGUUUGCCUCUGUCCCACCCGUGGGGGACAGCCCUGCCCCUACCUCCCAGGAGAUGCUGUGUGAGGCUGAGUGAAUGUCCCUAAAGCACUUUCGGUUCUCCAGUGAAAGGCAACGCUGCUGCUCGCCUGCUGGCCAGCUGCCAUGUCCAGCCCUGCAAACCCCGUCCCUGUUAGGAGCUUCCAGGGAGUUACCGAUGAUUCCCCAAAACAAAGGUGUCCCCAGCAGCCCGGACAAUCAGGUACAAAGGAGCAGGCAGCACCCGUAGCCUACGCCUGGCACUCUCCCUGUGGUGCUCCCGUCGUAGCCUGCAGAAAGCUGGGCUCGCAGGGACCCCGAAGCCGUAGCUCUGCUUUUCACUGUGCUCAGAAAGCCCAGCGCUGACCUGGUCUGAAAACUGUAACUGUGGCGCUCCGGGUUUGCAGCGCGCUGCUGUAAAUAGAAAUAUGCAGGAAAGUUGCGACCCAAAUGGACCUUACGCUGGAGUGACAACCCACCCCGAUCUAUGCAAUCCAGGGGGAGCAGCUCACCCACCGCGUUUGCUGUCUGCGUUUUACUUUGGUGCUCACGCUGUCUGGACAGCCAGGAGUUGUGGUCUGAGCAGAAGAAAAACAACGCGACGCUUGGCUCUGUGCAGACAAUUCCCUUCCCGUCCUCUGGCCCACUCGGGAGACCUCUGCUGUGGGCCACGUUCUCUCCCAGCCCUUGGGAAGCGGCUGGUCGGUUUGUGGACCUGGGAAUCCACACGCACAAGCACACAUAUCUGACGCCUUGGCCCUAAGAAACACCUGGAUUUCACGAGUAUUUUGCCCAGCACGUUCCACCGAUGCUCAGGAUGGGGUCCUGGCAGCGGGAGGUGAAUGGGAACCGGCCAACGGGUAACUCACAUGGCUGAAAUGCUUCUGCUUCCCAGAGCUGGUGGGAAGGAGCUGGAGCCUCGCGCGAGGGCAGGAAACCUGCACAGAGGGAGCGGGGCGGCACGGAGCCAUACGCCUGCGUCUGGAGGGCCUGUUUCUCAUGCCAUGGGUGGCACGGACCCGUGGUGCCACUGCUGCGCUCCUGCCGCAGAGGACAGGAGUGUGGGGGAGCCCCUGGGUACGGAUGCAUCUGCUCAGGGCAUCUCCUGUCCACCCCAGGGAAGGAGGAGGGUGGAGAGGGGCCACCAGGAGAAGAUCCAAGCUUGUAUGGAAGGCUGGAGGUAGACACAACCGAAAGGUCUUGCGGUGGCGGUGGGAGAUAUGACUUGGAGCGCCAGCUGAGGGAAGGCAGGCUCCCAGCAGCAAUGGCUUUGACGAGGACAGGGAAAUGGUCCCGCAGCCCAGGGGACACGCAGCCUGGACCCUGCGACCCACAGGACAGGAGCCUCUGCUGGCUGGGACCCAUGGGCAGCAGAAGGGACGCAGCUCCAAACAGCGCCGCAGUGCCAAGCAGCCCGUGGUCAGCUCAGCUCCAGCCCUCCCCCUGCUCAUCUCACUGUGCUCUUCCCCAGGCCACCUCACCGGUCACUUCCAGCCCUGGCUGCCAGCAGAGAAGGGCAGCGUGUCCCCUCCUGCAACGUGCCCACCAGCCUCAGGAGCCGGGAACAGCCAGCCGCGGCUGUGCUCCAGCCUGCAGGAGCCGCUCGACACUGGUGGGUCGUUCCCCUGCGUUUUGUUCUAAAAAGCCUGUGCUGGAGCCAGCAGCGGCUGCUCCAGUCACCCCUCCACCAGUGGAGUCCUAAUACACUCCUAUACUUGGCACUUUAACCCCUUGAAAGCCAUUCCUUCUAAUAACAAUAAUACUGCAACGAGCUGCAUAAGAACACACUCCCUCUAUCGCAUCCCCCGGCUCCAGAAACCCUCCCCGCUCCUGUGCUAUCCAAAGCAUUUACUGCCUUUGACUUAGCGUAUGCUGUACUAGGUAGUAGGGCAUAGUCCAUAGCGCUCAAUAACGUGUGCCCCUCUGUAAAUAACCUUGGAGUGAUGUGAACAGUUUGAUUAAAAAAAAAAAAAAAACAA